GCAUGACAGCAUUCGACAGUAAGAUAUAGCGGGAUGUCGGCUUGUAGGUCGGAGACUUUCACUUUUGGUUCACGCGAGACUUUUUCGACGACCUGACGCCGUCACGAUGUCGGAAGUUCGAGGAGCGUUCGUUCUUCCAUUGUGUGUUACGGUCCCGGAAAGAGGUUGCACGCUGAAAGCGCAUUUGUCAAUCGGGUGCUAUGCUAUAUGAUUGUCAUGUAGCCGGAUAAAAAUACUAAUCAAAUUCGCGUACUGGCUAUUUAGCGAAUUACGCUUCCACUAUUCUUAUCGCUUCCGGUAACUAAACUCUUGGACGUUUCGCGUGACGAUUUGUCAUUCAAUGAGAAACAGUUUUGCAAUGUGAGAAUGAAAAAUUUACGAGCGCGGAAAAUAGUAUAGAGUAUCGCACCGUGUGAAUUACAUUGAGAAACAUGAAUGAAAUUAAAGACAACACAGUGCGAGUGGUAUUCGUAUCCUUGCUGCUGGAUCUCCUGGCAUUUACGAUGAUAUUACCACUGCUGCCAGCUCUUUUGGAUCAUUACAAAGAGAUAGAGCAUGGUCAAGGAUUAUACUCUGCCAUUUUCAAGUAUGUAAAAAGCAUACAAGUGUUCUUCGAUGCUCCUGAUAAAGUCAGUACGGUUCUUUACGGAGGUGAGGGCAUGGUGUGUAGAUACCCAGGUUUCCUUGGCUCCAUGUACUCCUUCUUGCAGUUCCUUGGAUCGCCAAUUAUAGGAGCAUUGUCUGAUAUAUAUGGAAGGAAACCUUUAAUGUUAUUGUGUUUGAUAGGCAUUUCACUCUCCUAUCUUCUGUGGGCUUUCUCUACAAACUUUGGCAUAUUUGUAUUGGCACGAUUUGUGGGUGGCAUUAGCAAAGGAAAUAUCAGUUUAUCAAUGGCUAUUAUCAGCGAUGUCACUUCUGCUAACACAAGAGGAAAGGCAAUGGCACUUGUGGGGAUAGCCUUUUCUAUAGGAUUUGUAGUGGGACCCAUGAUAGGAGCAUUUUUCGCGUGGAUUUCCAGUGGUAAUAGGGAAGGCACAUGGUAUGUGAUACCAGCCAUGUUUGCACUUUUCCUAGCUUUAAGUAACUUAUUAUACAUUUCUUACUACCUAAAGGAAAGUUUACCACUAAAACACAGAGCGACCACUCUGGCAAAAGGCUUGUCUGGGGCAUUUUCUUAUAUUAAUCCUAUAGACCUUUUCGAAUUUAAUGGAGUUUCUGGCUUGAAUCAACAAGAUAAAGAAGAUUUAAAAACACUGGGCCGUGCGUACUUUAUAUACCUAUUCAUAUAUAGCGGCCUGGAAUUCACUCUGACGUUCCUAACGCAUCAUACGUUUGGUUUUACGAGCAUGCAACAGGGCUGGAUGUUUCUCAUGAUCGGAUUGGUCAUGGCCAUUUUACAGGGUGGUUGGGUGCGGCACAUUCCGCCAAAUAGAACGAAAACAAUCAGCGAAUUGGGUUUGUGGCUAGUAAUUCCCGCAUUUAUAUGUAUCGGUGUCGCUAGCGGUGUACGACUUUUGUCUGUUGGGAUUUUUCUUUUCGCAGUUUCCACUGCUAUGGUUGUUACUUGUGUGAUGACACUGGUAACACGCAUUGGACCUGAGCAUCAGAAGGGCGUAAUCACUGGCAUAUUUCGUUCUCUCGGUGCAUUGGCACGUGCUUGCGGACCCAUCGUCGCGUCCUCAGCGUUUUGGUGCAUCGGAAGUUCUUCGACGUAUUUAAUCGGUGCCCUGUUUCUCACGCUACCACCACUCAUCUUGCAUGGUAUGCGUGCCUUAUAAUACGGGGCACAAUUAAACAUCACUUCAAUCUGCUCUUCUACCUUAGGGAGUACUCAUCUACUCUGUAAUCAGUAUUUUUAUAUUUUUAGUAACUUUUUAUGUAUGUUGUCGCUUUUCUAUACUGACUUUUACAUGGAUAUUUUACACACCAAUGCUUAAUAUUAUAGUAGUAUUUAGAAUAGUAUACACUCUUAAAUAAUUAAUGUUGAUGCCACAUUUUAUUGAAUAUAUUUAUAUUUUACAGAUACUUUAUGAUAUAUAUAAAAAG